UACUGUCGUGGGCAGGUGUGCUCGUAUGUCACAGCUGCCUAUCCAUGGCGAUGUGGGCGAAAGCUCAUGUCCCAAUUUUGAGGUUGGUGAUGGCGAUUUCAACUCUGAUGAUGAUAAAUCUGAAAAAGUUGCUCCUGCAAAUUUGGAGGUUAAUGAUCAAAAUGUUUCUAGUGAACUUGUGCCAAAGGUUGGCUUGACCUUUAAUUCAGAGGAUGAUGCAUACAAGUUCUAUAAUGCAUAUGCCAGAAAGAUCGGGUUCAGUAUUAGGAAGAGCCAUACUAAACAUCGUGUAGAUGGCACAUUAUCUUCCAAGUACUUUGUUUGCAGUAACGAAGGUCAGAAGAACACUAGUCAGAUAUAUCAACCAAAGAAAGAACGUGCUACAACAAGGUCAUCUUGUAAUGCUCGUGUUCAUUUCUAUAUUUCCCGGGAUGGUAUUUGGAUGAUGCAAAAAGUCUUCUUUGCUCAUAAUCACAGUUUUGUCAGUCCAAACAAGGCACAUAUGCUUAGAUCACAACGACGUAUGUCAAAUGCCGAUGAACAUAUCAUUAGCAAGAUGCGUGAAGCAGGAGUUAGGCCAACUGAAAUAUAUGAUUUUUUUCAACGGUGGUCCGGUAGAGCAGAGAAUGUGAAUUUCUUAAAAAUGGAUUGCAAUAACUUCAUCGGUCGUGAGCGCAAAAAAUACUUGGAAACACAAGAUGCACAAACCCUAUUGGAAUACCUGGAGAAUAAACAAGCUGAAGAUCCUUCUUUUUACUAUGCCGUGGAAUUAGAUAAAGAGGAUGGUCGAAUAUCUAAUUUCUUUUGGGCCGAUGGUCAUGCAAUUAUAGAUUAUGCUUGUUUCGGGGAUGUCAUGUGCGUUGACACUACAUUUCAAACAAAUAAGUCUGAGAUGCCAUUUGCUCCAAUUCUUGGAACAAAUCAUCACAGGCAGACUAUUGUUUUUGGAGCUGCACUGUUAUUCAAUGAAAGUGCCGAGUCGUUCAUUUGGCUAUUUAGUACCUUUUUGAAAGUAAUGUCUGGGAAGCAACCUGAAACAAUUUUCACAGAUCAAUGUGCUGCAAUGGCAAAAGCAAUUAAGAUUGUAUUACCAAACUCAAGCCACCGUCUUUGCCUGUGGCACAUAUACCAGAAUGCUGCAAAACAUCUCAGUCAUGUAAUCUCCAACAAUCAUGAUUUUCUCAAGGACUUUAAGAGUUGCAUAUAUGAAGAAAGAUCAGUUGCACAUUUUAACAUGAAGUGGCAAGAGUUAUUGACUACUUACAACCUUGAAAAUAAUUCAUGGUUGGAAAAUUUAUAUGCAUUGCAUGAGAAAUGGGCCACUGUCUACCGCCAUGAUUCAUUUUGUGCAGACAUGACAUCCACUCAAAGGAGUGAAGGUAUGAAUAAUGUGUUCAAGAAAACUUUUCGUAGGAAACUUUCCAUUUCAGAACUCUUGGUAGAAUAUGAUAAGUGUGCUGCACGUCUCCGUGGAAAUGAGUUAUAUGAAGACUACAAAUCACGGAAUUCAGAUCCGGUUCUUUGUAUUAGUAACUUGCCUUUGUUGAAGACGGCUGCUGAAUCAUAUACAAGAAAUAUGUAUACUAUUUUUGAGGAGGAAUUUAAAAAGCAAUUUGUUCUAUCAUGCACAUUGCAAAAUAGUGAAGGGACAACAAGCACGUACAAGAUAAUGUCUAUGGAUCGAAGCGAGGAUGAAGCUACAGUUAUAUUUAAUUCAGAUGAUAUGCAAGUGUUGUGUUCUUGCAAGAAGUACAAUUGUUUUGGUAUGUUAUGCAAGCAUGUACUAAAAGUCUUCAACCACAACGAUAUUAUCACUUUGCCUCCUGGGUACAUAUCGAGCAGAUGGACAAAGUACGCAAAAAGAGGGAUUUUUUCUUGUCACAAACAAUGUCAGAGUGAUAAUUUAUCAUCUCAGAGUGCACUUCUAUCUCGAAAAAUGAUAUCGGUUGCAUUAAAAUGUGCGGUUUCGAAAAAGGUUCUUCAACAUUUGGAUGAUGGUUUUGAUAAGUUGACUGUAGAAGUCGAAAAUUUAUUGAGCCAGGUAAACUUGAAUGAAAAAGAAGCUCCACAAUAUUUUCUGGAGUGUACAAAAGAGGUUGCUGAAGCGCGCAUAUCAUUUAAAGUGCCUCCACAUAAAGGAGGUCCGACCCUUAAAAGAAAGAAAAAUGUACUCGAAGGUGGAAAGAAAAAUGCUGCUAAAAACACAAGAAAGAAAGAGGAUCCAAGGCAAUCAUCAAACAAAAAUUUAUCUGGAACUUCACAGCAAUCUGAAUUGGUUCAGGGACCAUUCAACUCAAAUGCUACUGCUACUGCUGCUCCACUAAUGAUAAAUAAUAUGAUGCCAUUUGGAGAUAAUUCUAUGAUGUUUGUUCCACCAAUCGGAGGAGAAUUUACAAAUCUCUUACUUCAAGCUCAACAUGAAGUGCCCGCUUCUCGACGCUUACAUUUUGAUGAAUGAAAUGGUCCCUGCACUUUGCAGCUCGAUGGAAGCAAGGAGCUUUGUGUGCUGGUUCAUUGCUAAAGCUACAUGGUCAAAUUAUUUUAGCAUCUUUGCUUGUACCCUUUUUCGUUUUUGGUUAUUGUAAACUGCUAGCAGACGUUUCCUUUAUGUUCUAUAUGCUAAGUACGAGACAACUAUCUUUACUUAUACA